AACUGGUUGUGUAAUGUGACAUUUGUAUGAUUUAGAUUAUUGGAAGAUAUGCAAAAGCAUUUAAAUUAAUGCAGGAACUGGCUUAAGCAAAUUGAAUGCAAAUGUAAAAUAUAGGCGAAUAACCUUCCUAUUUUAAGGUUAUUGUUUGCUUAAUUUAGUGGGAUUAUAUAAAAAAACAAUGUUUCUGGUUUUUGUCUAGUCCAUUGGAAAUUGGCAUUUUAGUCCAAAGCAAGGGUGUUAACUUUUUUUUUUUUUUUAAUACUCAAAAUGUGAUGUAACCACGGUAAUCGCAUUAGUUCAAGUCUCAUAAUGUAUACACAUUGCCCUUUUUUAUUUCCUCACCAUUUCUGAACUGAGAAGCCUUUGUUACUCUAAUCCAACUAUAAAACCACCACAGAGAGCGCAGAAGGUUACAGUUUCUUUCACAAGAGUUUGAUUUAAUUUGUAAAUUUAUGUACAAAGAGAUGUUUGUGGUGUAAUGCUCUACUUAAUAACUGAUUGACAUAUGCUUUGUGAGUUUAGAUAUGUAAAAAUUAAUUUGAAUCGGUGGUUUAAGCAAAUUAUCUUAAGAGUACUAAAUGAGUCUCACUUCUCUCAAACGGCUAGCCACUGCACAUACCUGUUACAUGACCAGCAUCUUAAAUUAUGUUUCUCAUUAGAAUUUGCGUUUUCCUUUUGUUUUUUACCAAUGGUUCCUUUUUCAAAAUUUCUUGGCCACAUUAUACAUCUGACUUCAGUCAGGAGGGAGAUUAUUUAUUGGGUGGACUUUUUGCUUUGCAUGAAAUUGACCAAGUAACACCUCUUUUCACCCCAGAGAAUACUGAAUGUUUCAGGCACAGUAUAUCUGUAUCUGGUUAUCAGAUGUUGCAAGUGAUGAGGUUUGCUAUUGAGGAGAUUAAUAACUCCACCACUCUUCUGCCCAAUGUUUCUCUGGGCUAUGAAAUUUUUGACCAUUGUUCUAAUACAAAGAACUUUCGUUCAGUUUUAACUUUUAUCUCAAAUAAUGGCUCAAUAAAACCUAAAGAAAAACUCAACAACUAUCAUCCUAAAGUGAUUGCUUUUACAGGGCCAUAUGGAAGCACAAGGACUAUUACUCUUGCACCACUGAUUACAAUGGGUCUUAUACCAAUGGUGAAUUAUGGAGCCUCUAGCUAUGCAUUAAGCAAUAAACUUCAGUACCCUACUUUUGUAAGAACUGUUCCUAGCAACAAAGACAUGAUAGAGAUGAUAAUUCACAUCAUACGUUGGUUUGGAUGGAACUGGGUUGCCUUUCUUGGUAGCCAAGACAAUUACAGUUCAGAUGGACUAAAGCUGUUCAACAAGUAUAUCAGCAAUACUGGCAUUUGUCUGGCAUAUCAAGAGGGUCUGAGCCUAAAUGCAAACUAUAGUCAAACGCUUAAAAAGAUUGAUAUGCUCAGCAUCAAUGUCAUUGUUGUUUUCGCUGUACCACAAUAUGCAGUCAACAUAAUCAAAACAGCCAUAACAGAGAAUAUCCGAGAUAAAGUAUGGAUUGCGAGUGAAACCUGGGCUAUGAAUCAACAGCUUCCAAGAGAGCCAGGAAUUGGGAAAAUUGGCACAGUUAUUGGCAUUACGGACAGAUUAUUGUCUUUGCCUGGAUUUGAUCACUUUGUCUAUAAAGACAGAAGAACAAUGAAUGCCUAUACAGCUGUGAGUAACAUCCAGAGUAAGAGUAAGGCAUGUAAUCAGGUUUGUGAUUACUGCCCAUUGUUGACUGCAGAAGAGAUUAUAAAUGAGAAUCCCUCAUUCUCCUUUGCCAUUUAUGCUGCCAUAUAUACCAUAGCUCAUGCAUUACAUAACGUUCUGCAGUGUGACGUGAAUGUAUGCCGAAACAACACAAAGGCUAAGCCAUACAUGCUUAUGAGAGAAAUGAAGAAGUUGGAUUUUCCACUUAAUAACCGUCAGGUGAAAUAUGAUGAAAAUUAUGAUCCAACGAUCAGUUAUGCAGUUGUGCACUGGCACACUGAUGUGAAUCCUCCUCAGUUUGAGAUGGUGGGCACAUAUGACACAUACCCAGAAACUACUUUUACCAUUGACAACUCUCUCUUGCCCUGGCUUACCAAUGAUUCUAUUCCUUUCUCCAACUGCUCUAUUGAGUGUAAGCCAGGAUAUUCAAGGCAACCUGAAGGUUUUCAUAGUUGCUGUUUUACAUGUAAAAAAUGUCCACGUAACAGCUAUGUGGAUUAUUCUCGGGACCCCUAUACCUGUUUUCCAUGUUUAGAGAGUGAAUGGUCUGACGAGGGCAGUACGACAUGUAAAAAACGUAUCGUUGUCUAUCUUGAGUUUGCAGAAAUAUCCUCUGUCAUUGUUAUGUUUUCUGCCACAUUCCUAAUUAUUCUCCUUAUUACCAUACUUUGCCUUUUUGCCUACAACUUCAACACGCCUGUGGUAAAGUCUGCUGGAGGCAGCAUGUGUCUUCUCAUGUUAAUGUGUCUGAUAAUGUCUAGCAUAAGUGUGUUCUUUUUCUUUGAAAAACCCACAUUUGUAUUUUGCCUCCUUAGAAAUGCCAUAUUUGCAUUUUUCUUCACUAUCUGUAUUUCCUGUUUGACUGUCCGGUCCUUUCAGAUAAUUUGUGUUUUUAAAAUGGCUGCUCAGUUUCCUAAGGUGCACAGCCUGUGGGUAAAGCACAAUGGACAGUGGCUCUUCAUUGCAUUUUCUUCUUUUAUUCAUUUCAUUUCUUGUGUGAUAUGGAUGACCGUCUCUCCUGACAAACCCAUUGCUGACUCCUGGACUUUUAAAGACCAAAUUAUGCUCAUGUGUGAAAUGGGGAAUGCAAUAACCUUCACCAUAGUUGUGUUUAUAAGUUGGUUUCUUGGUCUCCUGUGUCUCAUAUUUUCUUACAUGGGUAGAGAUCUUCCAAAAAAUUAUAAUGAGGCCAAAUCAAUAACCUUCAGCCUAAUUUUGUAUUAUCUGAGCUGGAUUGUAUAUUUCACUGCAUACCUUUCUGUCAAAAGCAAGUACAUCAUGCUUCUGAAUGCAAUGGCUCAGAUAUCUAGUAUAUAUGGAAUUCUCUUCAGUUAUUUCAUACCAAAAUCCUUCAUCAUUGUAUUCCAGCCACAAAAGAACACUGCCGCAUACUUUCAAACAUCUAUUCAGAAUUACACCCAGACCAUUAGUAGGACUUAGAUGACAAAAAAGAUGUAGCAUGUAGCAUGAUCAAAAGCAUGUAAAGAUUAACAUUUGAAAUCAACCCAUCCAAAAGAAUUGCACUUCUAUCUCGUUGAAUGUUUUGCUUUUUAAAACAGACAUUUGACAGAUGAAUACAUAUUGUUUUUUGACUAAGUACCUUGUAAAUAUUAACAUAAUAAGAACUCGUUUAUGUGGUUUAAUUUUUGGCUUAAGGUCAGACUGUUGAUCAAGUUAUCUUAACUCUUAAUUUCAAACUAAAGCAACAAUUUAACACAAUAAAAAGAUUAAUUUGAAGAUAUAUGUAGCUGUUGAUUACAUGCUAGCAUUUACAUCUAAGAAUGUUCCUUUUCACAUGUAAAAUUUUCAAGACAUUCAUAGCAUACUAAUUAAUACAUAGGAUGAAUACAUUUGUGAUGUUUGGAUUGCUAGUCUUGUGUGUUUGAUAUCACACUUGUGUCCAUCCAAACCCAAAUUUAUAACAGUAUAAAUAAAUUUUAAUUACAAAUUACAUUAUAAGCAUUAGAUUUUUGCUUUAAUGGCUGAAGACAAUUUGACAUUUUAUACAGCGAAUAUUAUAGAUAUGGCAAAGAAAGUUACCACUGUAAGUUUUGCAACCACUUUAUUUUGCUAUAUUUCGCAUUAUAAAAAAAUGUUCCAUCUCACUGCAGGUAACAAUUAUUUGCAGAGUUUAACUGUAUAACAAAACACUGCAUUAUUUCCUGAUAAUACAAUGUUCAAUGUAUAAAAAAUUAAAUCAACAAAUUAUAUCCAUGUUUUAUACUUGUGUGCGUGUUUUGCAAUUAUGAUUUAUUCGGAAGAAACUUUCUCCUCAUUUCUCAUUUUCUUUUUUUUUUACCUUUAUACAGGGCAUUUCCCAUUAAUACUUACGAUCAUACGCUCGGUACAAUGCGGCUCAAGGCUCAGCGCAAGUGCGUUUGCUAGUUUCAGUACGACUCAGUUAUCAUUUUCCAGUCCCGUUAGCCAAGCGACACGUUAUUUAACUAGCAUAUGCAUUUACGCCUAUUUGUGCGCCCAUGGACCUCAAACAACUGAAACAUGUCUAAAUUCAGUGGCGCAGUAUUCAUUCAUUUAUUUUUGUCUUUUAAAAAGUUUGUUAGUAGAUAAUGCGCUUCUAGGCGGAUCCAAAGCGCACUUUGUCUUUGCUUAUUACACCCAGGGAUGAGCAGCAGCACAUACAUAUAAUUGUGUGUAUCAGAAUUAUUUGCAUUUCACAUUAUUUCUAUACUUAAUAAGUAUAAUGACGCAGUAUCACUAAGCAUAUGUAAUUUCAACAAAACAUCACUCGUUGAACUCCUCGGUUUAAUCAGUGUAUUUUAUAACUCGCUCUUAAAGGCAAUGGGAAAUGAGACCCUAUUACUUAUUAAGAUAACAGGGAUAAACCAUUUCAUCUUCCGUUUUAAUUUCUUACUUUUGACCUUUAAAUUAAAUUAGCUUAUAAUUGUGUUAUUGCUAUUAUCUAUACGUUAUUAAAUAAGCAAGUCAGCUUAAAAAAAAAAAAAACAUUUAUCAUUUAUCAUCAUUAUAGUAAAUUUGACAGAAUCACUGUUUUACAGCGGAUCACUGUGUCCAGCUAGAGAACGUGCCUUACAACAUUUACUCUGUAAAGGAUCUCAAAAUCCAAAAUAUAGUGAAAACACUCUUAAUUACUACAGUAACAAGAUCUGCAGUUCAAGACAUUAACUUACAAGCACAAAACACAAGAUACUUCUCUUUUCAAUAUAAAUAUCAUUGGAUAAAUCUAAAACAUAUGGUUAUCACGCAUAAACACAUGCUUUCAAACAUUCACAAAAGUUGCAGGAAGAGAGAGCGGGGAAAGAAUACGUUCAAGAGAAUGAAAAUUUGAAAUCCCAAGUUUACAGCAAUAUGUGCAAUUGCAUAGACCUGAACAACCAUCAAUCACUUGAUUAACCCUUGCUUUGAAUUCUUCAGUGAGGUUAAAGUUUACAUUAAUUUUACCAGGGUGUUGCGAUUAUCCUCCCAUAAUCAUAAAUCAAUAAAUGUUAUCUCCUUGGUCACAUGAUCCAAAUACUCCUGCUUUUGCAGAGCGUAAUUUUAGACAUGAUGUUGUUUUAUGGUGCUCAAAUCUCCUGCACCUUCUACCUUGUUUAGUUUAUCCUCAGGUAAGGUAAAGUAAGUCGAGUCUGUCCUAUCUCUCAUAAGCAUUUAAUCAUACUCACAAGACAGGUCACAGAAGACUUCUCCGUGGUCUGUUCUGCUCUGGUAUUGAAAUCAGUCUUUUGUCAGGCGAGCGUAUUGGUUAUAAUAAGAUAUAGUUUUAUUAUAUAUAGGUUAAAUACAAUAAAACACUAAUAUAAAAUAGAAAUAAAAACAAAGUUGUAUAAUUUGCAAGCUCGAUCGUUCGGAGGCGUCGUGGCGAGGCUGUCUGGCAUCAGAGAAGCGUGUCGCCGAGGUGCAGCUUUAUCUUCUGGCCCACUUCUAAGUGCAACCCUCCUAUAUAGACUACAGGUGCAUGUCAACA